CCCCUCCCGCGGGGAGCCCCGAGUCUGUCCCAGCCCUUGGCGGGCUCCGGGGCGCGGGAUCCUCACGGGGUUCCGGCUGGGCAAGGAUGGGGACGAGUUAACCCGGAGGUUUUUACUGUCCCGGUUUGACUCUCACAGGGGCAGGGAAGUGCGAGGGAAUCCGUCAUUGUCGCCCCCCCCUUCCCCACCCGUUUUCCCCCUCCCAUCCCUGAACUGCAGCUCUGACCAUUCGGUUUCCAGGGGACAAGACUGUCCUUUCUUUGUUCCAAUGGAAAAUACCAAUCUGAAGCCCCAAGCAACCCAACCGAGGAGUACUGUUGGCUCUGCUGAGAGAAGGUUUUGGGUGGGCACUUCCACGAGGUCGCCUCCAACUUGAUUUAUUCUGGGACAGGAUCUCUCCACUCAGACUUUGGAUCCUGCAGAUGGACAUCCUGCAGAUGCCACACCAUAGCAUCAGGACUCAAUUACAGCUCUUGUUUGCCAGGCUACCAGGGGUGCGGGAUGACUCUCUUUGAUGGCGUCUACCCCUUCUACCUGCAGCAGAGGAAGGCUGCAGUGUUUGAUGUCAGCACCAUCAUCGUGAUCGUGGUCUUCCUGACGUUUGCCUGCAGCUUCCUGCUCAUCAUCCCAGGCAUCCGCGGAUGGGCGAGGCUGUACUGGACACUCCGGGUUCUCCUCAGCCUGGUCGUGGGAGUGGUGAUUGUCGCCGUCCACUUCACAGGGGACUGGGAGACCGGGUGGGUGACAGCAAACACCUCCUACAAGUCCUUCAGCAGAGCCCUGGUGAAUGUGGACAUUGGGCUUCACGUCGGCCUGGCAGGGGUGAAUGUGACACUCGUGGGAAACCCGGUGAAUCAGCUCAAUGAAACCAUCAGCUACAACGAGCACUUUGCCUGGAGUUUCAGUGCUGACUACGACCACAGCUACAGUGCAGGCCUGGAGAAGGGGCUGCCCAGCCCCAUCCUCUACGUGGCAGAGAAGUUCAGCAGGCAAAGUCCCUGCAGCGUGCACGGGCAGUACCGCAUCUCCGGCCACUACGCAUCGGCCAUGCUCUGGGUGGCCUUUUGCACUUGGCUCAUCUCCAACAUGCUCUUCUCCAUGCCCGUCCCAGUCUAUGGAGGCUACAUGCUGCUGGUCACAGGAGCUUUCAUGAUCUUCUCUUUGCUCUCCUUUUCCACCGUGAGGAACUCCUUGAUGUGCCCAAUCCACUUUGGGACCUCAGUCCUGCACACGGGCCUUGGGGGAUCUUUCUGGCUCACACUAGCAAUUGGUUUGCUCUGUUUCUUGGCUGGGAUCACUGUUGUCACAUUGCACUACUUCAGCUUGGACCUACUGAAAACUUUCUUUGAUCUCCGGGAGGACAAAGUGGAGGAGCAUCAGGAGAUGAUGACUGAAGUGUAUGUCACCCCUCAUUUUCUGAACAAAGAACUGCCUCCUUCUCAGGCCCCUGGACUCAGCCCCAACAGCAUCUAGAAGAGUUUUUCCCACUCCUUCCCUGAAGGUGGACCUGAAAGGGCAGAUCAUAAACCCUUCUGGAUGUCCCCAGGGACUUAUUUCCCCACCCAGCUACCUCUGAGGAGUGCCCAAGCCCAGGCUGGGUGCCUCCUUGCUGAGAAGUACCCUUGCAGACUCUAUCUCCUUGACCAUGGCCUCUGGCAGAGGGCAGACCCAGCAGCGAGCUGGCAAAGAGCAGCUCACAGCCCUGGCCACUUAACCUGCAUGCUCAGCUGGGGCUCCAUCCCAGCAGAAAUUCCCAUCCUACUCCAUACCCAGGCCACACUGGUGACUCCCUGAGUCUCCAAUGGGCACCCAGAACCACCCCAGAAACUGAGAUCACUGGGGAGCACCCAGGGCUCCUAAAGCCAGUGAUUAAAUCUGCUCAUUUCUUCCUCAAACACUGACAUUAGCAUAGACCUUUAGAUGUAGGUAGGAAAGCCAGGAACAGAUUCAGAUCCCAUCAGGCUGGGUGCUGCUGGAUGAGCAAGAGCAAAAAAGCUGCUCCAGAAAUCAAGACUAAGUGAACAUGUGAUGGAGUUUGCCUGGGGUGGGACAGGAACAUGGGGAUGAGGUUAUUUUCAGGAAGAGAGGAAGGAAGGGAGGAAGGGAGGGAGGAAGGGAGGGAGGGAGGAAGGAAGCAAGCAAGCAAGCAAAAGGGAAGGAGGAGGUUACCCCCAUGUAGCUGGAGCAGACUCGAGCUGGCUGGGCACACCAUGGAGUCAAACCCAGACAAGGUGAGACAUGAAGUGCCUCCAAGCAGAAGAUGGGCUCUGGAACCAAACCCCCUGCCUGAUGGAGACUCCACGGAGAGGAGAGGGAGAUGGCUAUUUCUGAAUGCUGGAGACCUGGGCAGCUUCAGUCCAGUUAACUGUAAACAACAUCAUUUAAGUAUUUUGGCUCUUUUCUUUCUGAGAGAAGACCCUUGGUGUUAAGUUCCUGAUUUCUUCCACGUGAUGGCUGUGUUGCACCCACGUGAUUUCCAUCAAGAAUUAGUAUUUUCAG